AUGUAUAAUCAGCUACAUACCGUAUAUAAUCAGCUUCAAGUGACCCAGAACAACCUUGAAAAUACACGACGCCAAAUGCUCGCGACAGAGAAAGAACUACAACGGGAACGAGAAGCAAGUGAACUCCUCCACCAGGAAUUCAGCGAGCUGCAAGAAUGUCACGAUAAGCUUAUAAAGCAGUAUGAUAGCUGUGUGAAGGUCCAGGAAGAUCUGAAUAAAUCUGCAACGGACUCUCGCAUGUUGGCCGAUGAGGUUGCUAGGCAAGCCGAAAGUCUGCUUGAAAACUCUCCAGCCAAUCUGGCUGGAGGUGGUAUGAAUAACUCAGACAAUGGCCAAAGUAUCAGUAGGAUGCUCCUAGAGUCAGCCAAGAAUGCUCUGCUUGUACAUGCAAUGUCUAGUCAGCAUUCAGAAGAUGAGGGUUUCACCAAGUUCAGGAACUUCAUAGAUGAAAAUGUGGAGCUUCGCGAGGAUAAAAAGACUUUAUCCCAACAAGUUGAAGAUGGAAGGGAUGAGAUAGCGAGCCUAAAAAAAGCUCUCGAAAUCGCUACUGAAGAUAGACGACGGAAGAAAUCCCGACGAGGGAAGACAUUGGCUGAGAAGAACCAGUAA